AACCAGGCCCCUGACCAGCUCCCUUUCCUACUUGUCUCGUGCUUGGACACUGUCUGCUCUCCAUAGCACUUUAAUGAAAUUUUCAAACUGUCUGGCUUAACCUUUGUGGUGUUUUUUUGUUUGUUAAAUAAUUUGCUGUCCCAUCCUAAAAUUCCAGCAUUGAAAGUGUCAAACACACGAGGAGGAUGGAAAGCAGUCCAGACCACUGAUUGAACGGUAGGAAAUGGGCUGAUGGGAUGGGGUAAAAAAAAGAAAAGAAAAAAAGGAAAACGUGGUUUGGGAGGAAACGCUAUGAAGUUACUGGCACUGGGAUAGCGGAGAGGAGGAAGGACCCGGAGGAAUGAAAGAAAGAGCGAGGGAUGGCUGGGUAUGGGAUCAACAAAAUCGCGGGAAACGAGGGGGAAAAGGAGGAACGUGGAAAGGAGAAAAGAGCCGAACUGAUUGGAGCUCUAAUGGAAGAAAUGAUGAUUACACAACAAAUGAAUGCUGUGAAGCUGCAAUUUAGAAUCAUCAGUAUUAUUCCUUUGCCAAGACUGGAAUGAUGGAAAGAAUUUCAGCAUUUACGAAUUUUAGCAUCAAACAGACAAACAAGAGUGGUAUUGAUAAGCCUGAAGUUGUGAGCUUAAAGCAACAACGUGAUGGAGGUUGAUAAUACAGAUGGAUCUGAAAACAUUGUGCCCAACGGCAGUACCCAUCCACCCAAACGUGGCAGAGGCAGACCACGAGGGUCACUCAAUAAGAAAUUCUCAUCUGAGAAAGUGGCAACACACAAUGCCAGGCCGUCCAAAAAGGUGGAAUUAUUUUCUCCUGAAAUAAUCAUAAGGUCAAAGGUGAAGAAACGUGGUCGACCAAAAAAGUUAAAAAUGCGUGGCAGGCCAAGAAAGAUCCCACUUACACCUGAGGAAGAAUCAGAGAGAAUUGAUAGGUUGAGUAAACAACGGAAGCGAAAACUUUGGAAGCCCCUCGGAAGGCCACGCAUUCAUCCUGUUAAAGAGGGUCCCAAGAUCAAAAGGGCAAGAGGAAGACCUCGCAAAUAUGAAACCAUGCCAGAAUCGUCGUCGCAAAACGAUACACACCCACCAAGUGUUGAAAUUAGCCUUGAUGCUGCUGAUGGCCCCCCUUCAAAGAGAGGGAGGCCAUUGGGCUCAUUAAAGAAGAGGGGUCGGCCUGGAGGUUCCACCAAGACUUCAACCACCAAGGUCUCAGAUGGGACCCCAAGAAAGAGGGGCCGUCCUCCAGGCUCUGGAAACAAAGUGAAGAUUGUAAAACAAGUUGACGGAACUCCUAAAAAGAGGGGGCGACCCCCAGGCUCCAGUAACAAAGUGAAGAUCAUGAAACGCGUUGAUGGAACUCCUAAAAAGAGGGGGCGACCCCCAGGUUCUGGAAUAAAGGUGACCGCAAAGUGGGUCGGAGAAGGUCCUCGAAAGAGAGGUCGCCCACCAGGCUCUGGUAAAAUCAAAGUUUGUGUACCAGAUUCGGUAGAUUAUGAUGUGGGUAGCUACACCGCCGCCAGUGGUCAGUCUCGUAAGAGAGGCCGUCCACGAAAAGUCCAGCUGGCUUCAGUGCUUGAAAAACUUACCCCUGCGCACACAGAGGAAGACAAGAUGGAGAAUGAUGAACCCUCUCCCAAACGAUCCCGUAACUUGGAUUCCACAUCACAAACUCCAAAUGAGACCACAGCAGAGGAUAAUGGGGCAAGUGAGAACAAUAAAGACCCAGAGGAUGAAGAGGAAGAAGAGGAUGACAACAGUGAUUCUCCAAAAGUGAACAACAUAAGUGAAAAAGAGAUCGAAGAGGCAGCCUCUUCUAAGAUGCUGUCUGGUAAAUCAAAAAAAAAGAAAUAAAAAGACAAGGGGCGUCAUUGAAAUUUGUUAGGUAUAUUUUUGGAUGGGUUUUAAUAAGAUACGUCAAUAAUUGUUUGCGCUAUCUUUUAUGCCAGACCGUGCCAAGUGCAUUUUAUUCUUCCCACUUUAAAGCAGUUCACCCACAAAUGGAAAUUCUGUCAUUUACUCACUCUCAUGUUGUUCAAAACCUGUAUGACUUUCUUUCUUGCAUGGAACACAAAAGGUAAUGUUGGGAAGAAUGAAAGUAGCACAGGUAUGGGGCAACAUGAGGGUGAGUAAAUGACAGAAUUUUCAUUUUUGGGUGAGCUAUGCCUCUUGCUGAAAUGAUUUGCAGUGAGCACAAUGAUUGGCUUGAAAGUUUUUUUUUUUUUUUUUUUUUUUUUUUUGCAUGGUAAAAGUAUUUUGUCGGCAUAAAAAAUUAUAGCAGGCAAAAUACAAGAACUGCUAGGUAGCCAGUUAACAUCAUGGUUAUCAUUUGUUAACAAUGACUUGUGCCAUCAAUUUCAAAGCAACUACCAAACGAGACAAAAUUUUGGAGGCUGAUUUCAAUUUCAGUUUGUCCAAAUUGGACUGGCAAGAGAUUUUAGUUGACAUAGUAGUUGCUGGGAGGGGGAGGUUGGUGGGUUGGGGGUUUAAGUGCAUCUUUGUAGUAGUUUUAAUUAUUUAAAAAACUAAACUAAAAAACAAAAACAAAAAACUUUUAUCAUUGUCAGUUUAUUCAUACUCUGUAAAAUUACAAAAAUGAAGUCAAAUCCCGUUGAGUUCAGUGUUUUAAUAGUGAAACAGUCCUAUUUUAUGCUUUGCAUCAUUAAAUCUUUGUAUGAUAGAUUGGUCAUUUAUUGAUGUUCAUCUAGCAGGUCUUCAUUUGGCUGAAAUAUUGUGAUUGCUUCAUUUUUACAACAUGGUAUUGUUUGUGAAUACAAAUUCUGCUUCGACUGUAGUCUCGUUUUUGUCCUUAUUUUUUAAAAUUUCAUAACAGUUAUGGCUGUUUGUAUACAUUUCUUGUUGCUCUGUCUUUUGUACCUUUUUCAUUUAACAGUUUUUUUUGUUCUAUUCAUUUGUUUAGUUUGUGUUAAAAAGAAAGGAAAAAAAAUGUAUAGACAUGCAAAGAACAGUAGAUCUUGUCGAUAAAUUUUUUUAAUGUAUUUCGUUUUUAAUCUGUAUUUGCCAAUAGAUGCUGAUAACUGGCUGUGUUAGGUGAGAUCUUGCAUAUAGAAAUGUAAAAAAUAAAAACAUACUCUUACAGUUCAGCCAUGAUGUAUUAAUUUGCAUUGUGUACACAUGCUUUCUAAAUUAGGUUCCUAAUCUGUGCUGUAGUACAAAACAUUUCUUUAUCGCUUUGUAUAAUUCAUUUCAUUUUGUGAUUUGGAUAAACAAUGUUGAUGAUUAAUAAGCAAGUAAAACAUACCAUACUUA